AAAAGGUAGGUGAAUGCUAGAAAAAUACUGGAAGAUAAUUAAAUACAAUGCUGCCAGAUAUAAUGGCUUAAUGCAGAGGAUUGCACAAGUCAUUUAACCUCAGUAUGCCUCAGUUCCCCAUCUGUACAAUGGGGAUAACAGCACUGCCCUACCUCACAGGAGUGUUGUGAGGAUAAAUACAUUAAAGAUUGAGAGGUGCUCAGAUAUUACAGUGAUGAGUGCCACUGAACAUUGAAAAAAUACUGUGGGAAUGUAGGAGGAAUGCUGAGGUGACAUUGCAAUGGUGCUGGUGGAGAAAUUUGGCUAAAAGAAGAAAUCUGAUGAAGGACUCCGCAGAAUAUGCCUACUCUUAUGGAAAAUGCUGUAUGCAGCAGCUGGAUUUUAAGGACCCAUUGGAAGGAAACACACAGAGUAAACUGGAUGGAACUCUGUUUAUUUACUCUAGAAAGAUGAAGAGCUGAGUCAACCCUGCUGGACUUUCAUGGAACUGAGGGAUCCAGGAUGGCUUCAACUUGGCAGAAAAUUCAAGAGUUCUAUAACUGGGCCCUUGAAAAUGGAGACCCAAGGACAGACCCCUGGCUCCUGGUUUACUCUCCACUUCCAGUCACACUGCUCUUCACCCUCUACCUCUUAUUUGUGGCACUGGGACCACGCCUCAUGCAGAAGUGGGAGCCACUGAGGCUAAAGGGUCUGCUGACUGCCUAUAAUUUGACCCUGGUGGCUCUGUCAAUCUAUAUGUUCUAUGAGUUCCUGGUAACUUCAGUCUUGGCCAACUAUAGUUACCUGUGUCAGCCAGUGGAUUACACCAGAAGCAAGUUGGGAAUGAGGAUGGCGAGUGUGUGUUGGUGGUUCUUCUUCUCCAAAGUCAUCGAGCUGCUUGAUACGGUCUUCUUCAUUCUGCGCAAGAAGCCUGAGCAGGUGACUUUCCUGCAUGUGUAUCAUCAUGGCACCAUGCUUUUCAACUGGUGGGCUGGUGUCAAAUACGUGCCUGGAGGACAGGCCUUCUUCAUUGGGAUGUUGAACUCCUUUGUGCACAUCUUCAUGUACCUGUAUUAUGGGCUGGCCAGCCUGGGACCACAAAUGCAGCGCUACCUGUGGUGGAAACGCUAUCUCACCAUCCUGCAGCUGUGCCAAUUUGUGGCCAUCGCCAUUCACUCCUCCUAUAACCUCUUCACAGAGUGCCCAUUCCCUGAUGGCUUCAAUGUUGCAGUCUUCCUCUACAUCCUCAGCCUCAUUGUUCUUUUCCUAAACUUCUACUACUGGACCUACACCAGGAGGAAGUGGGAGAAACUAACAUGAAGGAGAGGGGCAUGGUCUGAGGACAUUGCUGGAAUUCACAUAUACUCCACUGCCUCUACCUCGAUUCCACUUAGAAGGUGCAUUUGGAGAAGUUGAGGGAGGAUCAUGCAAGCAGAUUCUUGGUUGCUUUAUUGUUAUCAUUUGAGAAGGGAAAAGGAACUAGAGGGCUCAGAAGAUAAGUAAUGGGGUACUGAGGUGUUUGCUUAUUGAACAUAGAUAAUGAUAAUCAUCAACUUUUGGUGGCCUGUGUGAAACUGGCUGUUUUGUCUCAGGUCCAGUGCUAGUGGGUAAUUGUCCAAAGUACAGUUGGCAUAUUUGUUACGAGUAACAGCAGAGGCCAGGAACUCACUGGGAUUCGAGAAUGUAUUAGCUUGUCAUCCCUCCAUAUCAGGGAGCACAUAUUCUAUCUCCAUAUUCCCUUCAUAUCCGGAGCACAUGAACAGAGAGUAGACUUCAUCCUGCUCUCUCUUUCACAAGUGUGUAACCCCACUGACUUCAGUAUAAGUGAGAGGAGAAUCAAGUACUCACCACAGGAAACUUGCUCUGCUGCUGCACCUGCUCUCUGGCUCAACAAAGGGCAUCGGUCUCCAGAGCUGUCAACCCAGCACUAACAUUCACCCUAAGUAAGAAAUUAAUGUGAUGAAGGAAAAUGUAUUAACAUACCAUUUUCUGCCUUGAAUGUAUUUAUCUUUUGAUUAUUGUUGUAACACUAAAGAAAUAACU